AGUACUAGUAAUAUCUCUGCGCUUGUUGCUGUAUUGUGACUUCCUCCUUAAGAGUACAACACGAGCGAAACUGUAAAAAGCGGCUAUGGUUAAUAAUGGUUAUCAUCCCCGUUGGGCGUGUGUCACAUGGCAAAGUAGCGGUGAAUUAAUAAUAAGUGCUACCUAGUACUAGCAGCUUUCCCUGGUCGGCAUGUAAGACGAGCUCUCGUUGGCUCUGGUAAUCUAACUUAGGUAUAGUUUGUUUUACUGAAAACUCCAAAAGUUUCUCUCUUAACUGUGUAAUUCAAGUAAUAAACAAAUACGGAAUCAGCCGAAUCACCAGUGUGGAGCUUUGAAAAACACAUCAAUGCGGAAAGUGACCUGGUCAACCCAUCCCAGCGAUGAGAAGAGAUUAUCAAACGCUGCAAGCAACCCAACCAAUAAAAAUGAAACGAACAAAUCAGGAAAAAAAGGCUAAGGAAAGCCUGACCCAGCAGAUCACGAAGAAUGCGGAUCCCAGCAUCCCUACGGACACCGGAGAAAUGGCCGUCCAAAAGUCCUCCGUUCCGGCAAGCCGAAGGAGUUCGUCCAAACGCCGAUCAACUACCGCAAAAAGGAGCAGUGUAAAGGAAAUUGAAAAGGUCAUGCCGGAAACAAUCCAGGGAGCGGCAUCAGUUAACGAGGCGGCGCGGUAUCGUACAUAUACGCUGGUGCAGGACCCAAUGAGAAACCACGAACAGUACCUGAAGACCCAUUACGAUCGUAUUCGGCGAAUACAUGCGGUACACAAAAAAGGUACGGUGGACUGUGGACCGCCAUACAGUAUGGGUAAAUACCUUAGCCGCUUCGAAGUUUUACAACGAUGGGCGAAGGUCAACUUAGACAGAGCAAAUUACACUCUUUUUGAGCUGUUCUCGACAGCGGAAUCUCAUUAUGAUGUUCGGGAGUGGAUGCGCUCGUACAAUAUGCGCCGAGCUGCAAUGGAUGAAAAGGUCAAACACGCCAAAAUAUACCCCAGGAAUCGCCAAGAUCAUGCUAAACACCAUUCACUACGCCCAAAAGCUCGACAAGCAGAAGAGUUUUACCGUAGCCGUCGAAACGGACUGAAUUAAACAAGGUGUUUCCCAUUUGUGAUAUAACUACGCAUGAUAUUACUAAACCUUAAGGUUUAGUAAUACUAGAGUAUGGAUUAUGUUACUUAUUAUCGCGCUUGAUGCUGUCAUCAGAUACGUAAUUGCUGAUAUCAGUUAAAUAGUACGAGUACUGUACAUUAGGCGCAUCAGAUUGUUGUAGGAAGACAUUACUUACUUAAUUCACAGCCAAAACCGUGGAAAUUUACACUACGCAGUGUCUUUUAUGCAAGCUUAAGGUCGUCUGACCGUAAGAGCUGUACAACUUCACCUUGGCAUUCUUUUCAGACUGAAAUUUAUGUUGGAGUUUACUCUGUUCUAGCUCUACAUGAAGUAAAUCAAAGUUAUUUUUACCACACAACUUGUUACUGACCUACAGUAACAUACCGUAAAAUCGUAGCUCGUUUACGAUCUGAUUCCGAAAAACAGUCUUACUACAGAACUACGCGUAUUCCCAGCUCUUUUUGAAUAAGGCUUUUGCAUUACCCAGAUGGUUAACGUUGUCGUUACCUAACUGUUCCGAUGGCAGGAUUCGACUCCGCUUUUGUUAGAUCUCCAACCGGGAUCACUUUAAUUGCUGCUACGAUAUUGGCUCUCAUAUCCUUUGUACUAUUUCAAAUCGGAGUUGCAGCAUACACAACAUAUGUCUUUUAUCAUUUCGCGACUUGUGCCAGUUGGUUGAUCAGCUUAAUACUUCUUCUCUGUUCUGCCUUUGGGUUGUGGAAUAAUUGCGCUCCUGGAGGCAGGUCGUACCUCUUCCUGGCAAUAAAUGGAUUCCUUUGGGGAAUUUUGCUUAUCAUCUCAGCCGCAAUGUUGAUCAAAUUUUUCAUCUACGUUAAUAGCGUCACCGCUGUACCGCAGUCAAGAGUUCCGCAACAACGACUGCAAGUGCCAUUUUUUCCGGAUGUGUGGCCUGCAUCCACGGCGGUUGCGCUGUUGGCGGCAUUGCUGUUCUUUAUUCACGCUAUCCUGGCCUAUAAAAGCAUGAAAGCCGUGACAGCAACACCCGUUAUUAUAACCCCUUUGCAGCCUGCAGGGCCAGCCCCAAGCAGUCCUGCGUAUUUUACUGGAAGAUAACUGCCAUGUCGGCUUUAUUGCGCACACGAAUUGCAAAAGAAAUGCUGUCGAGAACUGAUAUUAAAGUAGCUGUGGCAAAGCUAAUAAAGGCACCGACAGCCCACGCGCACAGCACUGAUCCCUGCUUCGGAAAGUAAUAUAUUAUCAAACUGAAGGUUUUGGAAUAGCUGUCGAUGUUCUUGGACUCCAUUUUUUAACAAUCCAACUUCUGCUCACCCGUCGGAGUGAAAUACAAACAUGAAAAAAAAUUUUCGAUUGCUAUAAAUAUGGAGAAGGCGAUUGCAGAGUACGAGGCUGCUUAUAAAGAGUGGGCCGAGACUGCGGAAAGGAAUCUAGGAAUUCAAUCCCUUGUGGCUGCGUACUACCAGGCAUGGGAAACUCCGGCCGCAUCUGCGGAUGGCGGCACUUCAUCGAAGCAUCGGACGAGUUACGGCGUGGAGGCAGAAAGACAGCACUAUCAGGAACAAUUAGAGAAGCUGAUUCAAAUCAAAGUCGUUAAGCAAACUGCCAAAGAGGAAGCGCAAAAGCUGUACCAGGUUACUCAAACUCAGACGGAGCAAAUGGAGAAAUCUGCCGUUAAGGCGUGGGAUAAAUUUGAAAGACUGCAGAUCGACACAGCGCAAAAAGCUCUCAGCAGAAAUAAAGAACCGUUUGACGAAGCAGUUCUGCAAGAGGUUCUACGAAAUGUGAAAGCGAAAUUAGAAACAUGGAGGAAUGAAAAAUUCGCAAGCAUUAAAGCCAAGUACAAAAAAGAACGGCUGCAUAGCCAACUGGAAAGGCAGAUGAUUAUGGCUGGAAAUCUGGAUGCUACGUUACCAUUCGACGAAUAUCGCACAAAUUUGCGAAACUAUCAAGCCAAACUACAAGAAAAAGAACGGCACAGCAACAUGCUGUUCGAUAAACAAAAGGUCACAGUCAAUGAACUAGCUCACAUGCGCGAGAAACUCGAAUACCUCCAAAGUCUGGGACUGCAACUUCACGAUAAAGUACAAGAAGCAACCAACAAAACGGCACAAAAAAAAGAAGAGCUCCAUCAAGCCAAUUUACGACGAGUUGUGAUUAAAAAACAAAAUAUGUCGCUGAAGAAGCGAGCUGGAAUGUUGUCGAGAACUGCGCUAUUGGACGAUAUGGCCAACAAAAUCAUAUGUAGAAAUGACCUUCUUCGACAAAUAAUGGCAGCUAAAGAACAGUUCCAGAAAUCAGCUCCCAAAAUCACAGAGAAUGAUCUGUGGCUUAUCCAAAGAAAUGCGUUUCCUUUGCUACCCGAAAGCUUCGUGGAUGAAAGAACCAUUCAAGCUAUUGUCGACUACGCUGACCACAAAGACCAGGAUUUAGAAGGUCAUGCUCCAGCUAUGGGCAUGGACUACUGCAAGAAUCGCAGACACUGGCAUUAUGAUUAAGAAAGCAAUUUUUUUCUGGUCAUUGCGGUUUGCAGUUUCGCCGUCUUAGUUAGAUCUUCUAUCCCUGUGUUUAAUAGAAAUUCGGCAUGAAGGAUGCUGUGGAUUGAUCAAAAUUAGCAUGCUGUUGCUACGUAUGGUUACAUCUUCAUGGCGUGAAACAGUCCCGCUUGGGUGCUUUUCUUUAAGACGACGUACUGGUGUUCCACGAAAAUUUCCACGUAUUCCCGCCUUACUGGAUAGUUUCUCAUCACAUGUGUGACUUGUAACACGUACUCAAUGACUUUACAUCUAUCGGGCCGAAAAUGGUAGCUGUCGCCAAAGAAAAGAUUCUUUGCAUCGUCGGAGUGGGCGUUAUAUUACCCAUCGCCACGAUCACAGCAUUGAUCUCUUUGGCGACCUACGAAGCGGCACUCUCAGAUUUAUUUCCAGGAGAAGAUAAAGCCAAGAUUAGCGCCAAAUUACCAGCGUCAAUGGUGUUUCACGAAGUGGCCACAGCCAUGUCUUUUACACUUUCUUUGGCGCUCUGCCUAAUUAAUCUUGUAGCAGACAAGAUACAGCAGUUUGUUACCCAGGAAAAAUUAAGGCUAGCGAUACUUAACUGAUUCCGUGGGAACUAUGCAGUCCUCUGGUUGGGUAGAUGUUGCUAUGUGGAUGCUCGUGGACUGUUCUGCUACUGGCAUCGUCAGCGGCCGUAACAGCCGAGCCGUCUGUAAAACAACAUUUACGAAACCUCAAGGAUCCACAGCUCGUUGACCCUGUUACAGCUUAUGGAGAACAGGAACUGCUAAUUACGGUGGUCUGUGGUUUUUUGUCAGCUUUCUUUUUUGCACUACACGCCAUUAUCGUGUGGAACUGGAAUUCAAACCCCACGGCAUCACAGGCAGCCCCUGCUUCGACCUCUAAGCCAGAACAGAAAACAGAAAAGGGUGGUGGGGGAUUGGCAUCCCUUUUUACAAAUAAAUCUGGGAAAGAUCCCACCGCGAAGUAACUGUGAGAGAAGGAACGAGAUUAAAGCUGCUUAUUCUAUCAGUUUAGCUAGGUUGCUCCAGAGGGUAAUCUGACUGCCCUCUGCGUACUCCACGCAGAUAACGUUCAAAGACAUAUUUUGGCCAUGAGAACAGAAAUCCGUCAAAGCGCAACAACAGCUGAUUCACUGGGCUAAACAUCAGC